AUAACAUUAUUUUGAUAAGAACGAUCGCCGCAACGAAUUUUUAAAAAUCAAACUUAAAUUUAAUGUUAUUAUAAUUUAUUAUGUCUAUUUUUUAGUAUACUUGUCGUUUUACCCGAUCGUUUACAGUCUUCUCAUAGGGAACGUCUGAAAAGUUAGAGAACGCUUCUAAUUGGUAAAAAUCCAGGCGAUUUCAAUAGAUAUUGAAUAAAUCAUUUUCGUUUGAAACACUGGAUUUGUACAUCACAAACGUAAACUGAAAGCACAAAAUGAGUUUUAACCGCUACAAAGACAUUAUUGAAGAAGGUGACACGGUCAUAUUGUAUAUAAAUCCACAAGCAAUGUAUGCUAUACAAGCCCAGUCAGUAAUUGAAAAUCGGAAAGGAGAGAAGGUUGAGAAUGUUAUGCAGACCAAGUAUGGAGCGUUAAAAAUUUCAUCAUUAUUUGGAAAACCGUUUGGAUCAAAAGUGAGUUUGUCCAAUGGAUGGGCUCAUGUAUUAUAUCCUACACCUGAACUUUGGACACAGACAUUACCGCACAGAACUCAGAUUAUAUAUACUCCAGACAUAAGUCUAAUUAUGUUCAUGUUAGAACUUAAGCCUGGUAGCAUUGUGGUUGAGUCGGGUACUGGAAGUGGAUCGUUGACUCAUGCCAUGGCCUUUAGAGUAAAACCUACUGGACACAUUUAUACUUACGAUUUUCAUGAACAAAGGGCAGAUCAGGCCCAAAAAGAGUUUAAAUCUCAUGGUUUAUCUGAGAAUGUCACUAGUCAGUGCAGAGAUGUUUGUCAAAAUGGAUUUAGUGAUGAUGUUACUGGUAAAGCUGAUGCUGUAUUCUUAGAUUUGCCUCAUCCACAUCUAGUUGUCCCGUUUGCUAUUAAAGCUUUAAAACCAUCAGGUGGUGGUAGAAUUUGCACAUUUUCGCCAUGUAUUGAACAAGUGAUGCGCACGUGCCAGACGCUGCUGGACCACGGUUUCGUCCAACUUAAGACGGUCGAAUGUCUGGAAAAAGAAUACCAAGUGCUAAACAGGACCGUGACCACGUUCGCCACCGCCAGCAGACCGCCGUCCGCUUCAGUACCGCAGAAUACAACCGAAGAACCUAACGAUAAGAAAUUUGUGGCUUGCGUCCCGUCCUCAUCCCCUCGGGGUCAUACGGGUUACCUAACCACUGCUACGUAUCUCAUGGAAACUCGACUGCAGCAGGAGGUAGUGGAGAUCGAGAACGCGUGCGAAAAUUGAAAACUCUGACGAUAACAUAGGACUUUGCCGGGGUAGAGAAGUCUCCAGCUUAUUGUUAAAUAUUAUAUAAUAUUAUUGUCUGUAUUAUUAUUUUUUACGUACAAUUAUUAUACAUCGAUACACGUAUAUAAUAUGCAUGUGCGCGCGACUGUUCUAUUGUACUGGCGCUAUAUAUAUAUAUAUAUAUAUAUAAUAAACAAUAUAUAUGUAGGCAUAUAAACGCUUAUGUAUGUGUGUUCAUAAGACCUUA